AUGGCUCUGCCUCGUCACCGCGCCCGUACGCCUGAGACGCCGACCAACGAGCAGGUGGCUCAGAACUUGCAGCAUCUGACACAAACGAUGCAGACGCUAAGUGAAGCCCUUCUGCACAACAACAACCCUGUUCCUCCGCCGCCGCCUGGCGGGAAUCGGGAUCAUCGUUUAGUCUCGGGACAUAGGCCACCAGUAUUCGCUGGAGAGGAGGAUCCCGUGAUACUCGAGGAGUGGAUCCAGUCCCUCGAUAUGAUCAUCGCCAUUGUGGGUUGCCUUGAGGAUCGCCGAGUGGAGCUGGCUUCUUUUUACUUCAGUCACGAGGCUGAUCUCUGGUCAGCCUUGAAGGACAGGAUGAGGGAGAGGUUUUAUCCAUCGCACGUCCGAGCCGCCUUGUACGAGGAGUUCUUGAACCUUCAGCAGGGGUUGUCAUCUAUGGUGGAGUACCACAAGAGCUUCUUGGAGCUUGCGCAUUUUGCUGGGAUGCUGGUCCCCACCGAGCUAGCAAAGGUGGAGAAGUUUGUGGCAGGGCUCAACUAUGAAGCCCGGAAGGCGUUAAUUGUGAGCAAGCCUAGAACUCUGAAGGAGACUUAUCUGAGCGUGGCCGAUCUGUAUCGAGUGCAACAGCUACAGCGAGGGUCGUUCGAGUUCGCCAAGAAGAUAAAUGAAGGAAGUGGGUCCUACAGUUUCAAGAAGCCGAUACAAGACUUCCGAGCCAGACCCGCACCCUCUCCGCCUCAAGGAUCAACUCGGGUCGAGAGUGGAGCCCAAGAGAGGACUUUUGCAUGCAAGAGAUAUGGGAAGGAUCAUGUAGGGAAGGAUUGCUAUGGACUUGCACUUCGAUAUUUCAAGUGCGGGGAAAGAGGCCACAAAGCUUUCGUGUGA